GUCUAGCUUGUGAAUCAGUGUGUUUACGAAAACAACACAUGUUUUUACAUCAAAGCUUUUUAAAAUAUCAAUUUUAACUCGCAAAUAACCACCAACAUGCCGAAAACCAAAAAGAAGUUUAUAGAUCGCAAGAAAGCUGUCACGUUUAAUUUGGUGCAUAGAUCGCAGAGAGAUCCUCUUGUGGCCGACGAGAGUGCCCCACAACGUGUUCUGGUGCCAGUGAAUGCUAAUAUACCGGCAAGGAAAGAGAAAGAAACUGAGUUAACGCCUGAGCAAAGAAAAGAAGAGCAAAGCAAGUAUGGAAUAUUCUUUGACGAUGACUACAACUACUUACAGCAUCUUAAAGACACCAGGGAGGUCACAAUGCUGCUGCAGCCUAAAUCCUCACACAAAAGGAAAGAAAAACCUCUCCCUAAAAGUCAUGAUGACAGUAAUGAUGAUGCAAAGGAAGGCACAGAGACUCUUCAGUUACCCAGUUCAGUGUUCGCUUCAGAAGUGGAAGAAGAUGUUGGAUUACUAAAUAAAGCUGCCUCACAAGGACUUUGCCUUGAUUUGGAUCCAGAUGUGGUAGCAGCUUUAGAUGAAGACUUCGAUUUUGAAGAUCCAGAUAAUCAACUAGAAGAUAACUUCAUUGAAAUGGCUAUGGCUGAAGCUGCUUCUGAUGAUGAAGAAUACGAAGAUGAUGAUGAUCAGGACAGUAUGUCUGGCGGUGAUUACUCAGACAAGGCCUUUGUGUCUGAUGAUGAUGAGGAUGAUAGUGACAUGUCACAGGAGGGUAGAAACAAAAUGCCCUCGUGGGGCGACAAAGAUGAAACGAAAUCACGUUUCUCACAAUACUCCAUGUCUUCAAGCGUUAUACGCAGAAACCAAGGGUUAUCCCUACUCGAUAACAGAUUUGAAAAGAUGUUCGCGGAAUAUGAUGACACGGAAGUUGGCGCGUUAGAUCUGGAAGAGAUUGAGGGAUUUAUGCCAGAAUCACACAGGAUGCUUCUAGAAGCAGCCGAGCAGUUUGAGGAGUCGCAGAGAAGGUACCAGCUAGACAAGGAGAAGGAAAUAGCCAGAAUACAACGUCUCCAAGAAAUAGAAGAGGUAUCGGAAGAGGAUGAAAUGGUCACAAUAGAGGUUGAGCCGACGGAGAAAUGGGAUUGUGAGACUAUUCUAUCCACAUACUCCAACUUGUACAACCAUCCCAAGGUCAUUGAGGAGCCUAAGAAACCACAGACAAUUAAAAUAAAUCCAAAAACGGGAAUACCAGAAGGUGCACUAGAAAAGCAAAACAAGCUCACACUCAAGUCACUCGCCAAAUUCAACGCAGAGAAUAAAGGUGAUAGCAACGAAGCUUCAGAUGACGACGGACUAACCAACGCGGACACCAUUCUGUCUACAUUGAGUGUUUUAUCAAUAAGACCUAAAGAAGAAACACAGGAAGAGAAAAAGGAAAGAAAACGUCUUCUCAAAGAGUAUAGAAAAGAAAGAAGAGUGGAGAAGAAGGCAAAUAAAGAAGCGUUCAAGGACGAGAAGAAACGGCAAGAGAAGAUAAUGAUGAACAACAGAAAUAACGUUCAGGGAAAUAGAAUUUUGUAAUAUAAUAAAAAUAUAUUGUUUAAGA